UGCGCGGCGUCCAUCCCCCCCACCGCGCUGCUCCCCCUGCUGGACCCCUCCUUCCCCGCGCACCUCUGCGGCUCCUGGCACUCCGAUUACGCCGCUCUUCACUCCCGCAUCCGCGCUGCCAGCGUUGCUCAAUAUGCCGCCAGCACCGCCGCUUCACACACUGCUGACGGUGCAGAUGCAGGAGUGACAGGAGAAGCAGGAGAAGCAGGAGGAAGAGAAGAUACACCAGCACCAGCAGCAGCAGCACCGCUGUCAGCCCCACUACCCUCCACCAACUCCUCCUCUACGUCCCCCACCGGCCCCCCUCCCCUCCGUUUCCUCACCUACGAUUGGCUCGACCAAUGCGGGGGCCUCGGUGACUCACUCGUGGGCCUCGCCACGUCAUUCGCCGUCGCGCUAUUGGACGGUCGGGCCUUCCUUAUCCGCCACGCAUGCCUGCCGUGGGCCUUCCAACCCGCCCUCGUGGAUUGGACCCUCUCCCCUGAUGUCCCCCUCUCCCCCGCCCGCGCCAUCCCUCGCGAUAAGCUAUCGGACAAGAAGCACUGGGAGGAGUGGCAGGGGGAGGUUCAACCGGGGGAGGUGCUACUGCUGGAUCUGCUAAAUCGGAACGUGAACCCGGAUUGGUUCUUUCUGGACGGCAAAGGGGGUGGCAUGAAGGGUGGCAAGGCGGGCGGCUUGUCUCGGAACGCAGUGAAUGUGCGGGUGAGGUGGAAUCGGGGCAUGCUGACGAGGAUGCUGGCAGGGCCGUGGAGGGCUGGCAGGGUGAGGCGGUUACACAACAUGGGCUUGCGGUUACCCUAUGCAUUCGGCUGCAUUCUAAGGUUCCUGUUCAAACCAAACCCGGAGGUAUGGGCACGAGUGCAGGCGAUGCAGCAGCAGCUGGUGGCAGGCUUGGCACCAGGUUCGGAUGCCGGACCUCUGGUGACCGUCGGAUUGCACAUCCGGGUUCCAGAUGCUGACGUGGCAUGGCAGGAGCGGGCUGCGCAGAAGACACAAGGGGAGGGCGGCGACACAGCAGGGGUGACAUUUGCGGAGGUGGCAACAGGAGAUGUGCCUAUGGUGAACGUGACUAUAGUGAAUGUGACUCUAGCGAAUGUGGCAAUAGGCGCAAAGGAGGAGGCAGCAUGGAUGAAAGCCGUGCGGAAGUGGUUGGUGUGUGCUGAGCUUGCUGACGUCCCAUCAGCACUCGUGUCUGUCACCCCUCAUCUAUGUCCCUUUCUCCCUGCAACCUUUCUCCCUGCACCCUUUCUCCCUGCACCCUUUCUCCCUGCACCCUUUCUCCCUGCACCCUUUCUCCCUGCACCCUUUCUCCCUGCACCCUUUCUCCCUGCACCCUUUCUCCCUGCACCCGUGCUUCCUGCACCCGUCGCCUCAAUAGCUCCGCGCAUUCCUCCAUUCCACCCCAUCUCUCCCUCUACCUCCCUCACGCCCCAUCCCUCCCUCUCCCACCAUCCCUCCUCUCUCCCCAUCCCUCCCUCUCUCACCAUCCCACCAUUCCACCCGUCCCACCCGUCCCACCCGUCCCACCCGUCACGCCCGUCACGCCUGUCACGCCCGUCCCACCCGAUAGGCAGUGGAGCGCUUCUGGCUGCCGCCGUCCCUCUCCGUGCGAUGGCUGCUCGUCACCAACUCCGCCCGGCUUAA